AUGUCUCAAAACAUUUUCCUCCUUUCUCUCCUUGUUUCUCUCUCCGCCGCCGUCGCACAAGUGAUCAACUUCACCGCCAUCAAUACCACGCCGGAAACAGCCGGCGGUGCCAUCUUCACGCGCCAAGUCGGCACCAACUACACCUGCCACGUCAUGUCCAACGCCACCAAUUUCAUAUGGACGAGUGUCUUCCGCGAGACCACCAACGGCAGCCGGAGAGACUUCUCCAACGUGACGUUGCUGGUGAAGGACAUGGACGGCGUGGCUUACACCUCGGACAACGAGAUCAGCCUCAGCGCCCAAUACGUCGGGAGCUACUCCGACGGCGGCAAUGACGUCAGGCGUGAGGUGGCUGGAGUGGUGUAUCACGAGAUGACGCACGUGUGGCAGUGGUUGGGUGGCGGGCAAGGGGACAUUGCCCCGGGUGGAUUGAUUGAAGGGAUUGCGGAUUUCGUUAGGUUGAGAGCCGGUUUGGCCCCGCCGCCGGGUCGUUGGGUCAAACCGGGGAGGGCGAUAAGUGGGACCAAGGCUACGACGUUACGGCUAUGUUUUUGGAUUAUUGCGACGGAUUGA